AUGCCCAAGCCCACCCUGGGCCCAACAAGGCCCGCACUCCGCCUCCACUGCCGCCCUCCACCGCCCCAUGUUGCGCCUCACGGCGUUGAUCCCUCGAAGAUCCAGAUCCCUGCGCCAACUGUCCUGAAGCAGGUCCACCCUGACAUCGGAAUCUCCAGCAAGGCCAUGGGAAUCAUGAACAGCUUCAUCAACGACAUCUUCGAGAAGCUCGCCCAGGAGUCGUCCAGGCUAGCCAGGUACAACAAGAAGCCCACCAUCACUUCCCGGGAGAUCCAGACCGCCGUGAGGCUCGUGCUGCCCGGCGAGCUCGCCAAGCACGCCGUUUCGGAAGGGACAAAAGCCGUGACUAAGUUCACCAGCUCUUGAAAGGGCUUAGGGUUUGUGGAUUUCAAUGUCCGGUAUUUGAAAUCGAGCCCUUUGGGUCUAGGGUUAGGGUUUUAAUUAGUAAAUGUGCAUUUUUCUUUCUAUUUUUUGUGACUUUGUGUUGAUUUGGAACUCGAUCUUUAUCUUGGUAGGAAAUGAAAUAUGAUGGUUCAUAUAAUCCUUAAUGCUUUGUAAGGUGUUUGAUGAAAUGCCCAACAGAACUGAUUGGGGGUUCUUA